AUGAAAUUACGCCCACCGCAGUUCAUACCUGAUAAACCUGAACUGUGGCUUGCAAUGCUUGAUCUGACUUUCCAGCAUCAUGGCAUUGUAAACGAAGAGACAAAAUUUAUGAUCGCCGUUAGUGCGCCUGACAAUAAAACAGCAACGAUCAGCUCAGAUAUAAUACUUCAGCCGCCCGCCACGCAAAAGUAUACGCGUUUUAAGCAGUUACUCACUGAGCGACUACGUCGGCCGGUGGAACAACGUAUCCAGCAAGUAUUGCACGGUGAAAAGAGAGGACACAAGUCACCUUCGGAAUUUUGGCGUCAACAGCGAAGUUUAGUCAACGACACCGAGUUGCCAGAUACGACACUGCAACAUGUAUGGCGUGUGCAGUUGCCAGAGGCAGUUAUAACGGCUGUGGCGCUCUCAGACGCACAAGGUAUCUCGUCGUUGAUCUCAUUAGCCGACAAGGUCUACACCUCGUUAGACGCAGCGCAUACGUCGACGGUGAUGUUCGGACACAACAGUACAGACUCACAGGAAACGGCGGCGAUACAACGACGCCAACAGCCGUACCUUUCUCAACAACUGGAUAACCUACGAAAACAACUUGACGGAUUGAAGCAGCACAUAUCGACGUUGCUCGGAGGCAAGACAGGCACAAACAAGAAGAGCAAGGAAGAUGACAUUGUGUCUAAGGAGCGUAUCUGCUGGUACCAUCGACGAUUCGGAAGCGAGGCGACGCGUUGCACAUCACCCUGCAAUUACCCAAAUGGCGACAGCGGCCGGCGUUAG